AUGUCGAUCAAACGAGAGAUAAUUGACAGCAAAUGCUCGUUUGUUGCCAGGACUAAUGGUACAAGUUCUCUUGUGUUUACAACUUUUGCACAAAGUCCAUAUUCCAGAACGGCAAGGAGAGAAAUGACAAUCAAGAAUACCACUCUCUUCUUUUUCAUCUUCCUCUCAUUCUUCUUUGUUGAUGCUCGUCCCUUGAUGGGGGGUGAUGAUUGUGCGUACACGGUCUUGAUCAAAACUGAAGAUUUGUUCAGAAGAGGCAAAAUGGUCAUGGAGCUCCAAAACGCAGACGGAGAGACGACGGUGAUAAAGGAUCUUAAACCUUGGGCCAAUCAGAUGGGCCUGGACAUAUUCGACGGACGGGCCAAGUGUUUAUAUGGGCCUGUGUCCACUAUGAAUCUAGACUCGAAUACUUGGCGAUUGAACUCUGCAGAGCUUGACGUGAUGUCAUCGCGAUUACACAUCCACUCCAGGAAUGAGUUGUUUGCGGUGGAGCAGUGGGAGGGGGAUAGUGAUUCGACGUCGUUUCAUAAGGGCAGCAUGAAUGAGUGUAGUUGUCUGAUCUUUAUGGCCAAUUCCGUGGACAACGUUUCUUCGCUGAGAGCCAUCAGUGGUAGACAAAAGGUUUUUGCGAUGUGGAAUCAAAGGAGCCUCUUCUAUUUUAGUAGUAGUUCUUCGAUCAACAAGAUGAAGCUGGAAAAGCCUUUUGUUAACAAAGCCCAAGACGAAGAAGAGAGGUUAUUCAUUAGUGAAUUGUUUGGAAGUAUUCAAGAUUCAGAGGAGGACCAAUGCACUAGUUCCCCAAUCGAUGUGCUUCCCCUGCAUUUUAGCGUUGACAUUAUUGGUUGCGAUUUCCAUACGUUGCAGUCACUGACCUAUCUUAUAGGGCACUCUCAUGCACAGAUAUGA